AUGGUUUACCAAAAACAGUGGAGAAUAGUUCAACCAUUUAUGGCAUCUUCCAACUCACGACAGGAUGCGAGGCAUAAAAAUCACUCACCUAUCCCAUCAACACCAAAAGAAUUGGAUUUGUCCUCAGUAUUUGUGGGUGAAAUGGAAGACCGAACGUUUAAUGUUCAGAAUGUUCCUCUAGCAUGGAAUAAAUGGAAGCUCUUUCACAUAUUUCGUCAAUUUGGAAGGGUUGAUAGCAUCAGAUUCAUGAAAGAAGAUCAAAAUUCUCCUCCACUGCUGGUUUUUGUAUCUAUGAUGUCUAUUGAUGAUGCAUCUUCAGUUAUAAAUUCAUUGACUGACCAUGAUUGUAAAAUCAAUAUACCGGAGCUGUCAAAACCUCUCAAGGUCAGUUUGAUAAAGCGAAGGAAAUUUGAAAAUUUUCAAGUAAAACAACAAGCAGUUUUCACAAAAGAAACAAGGAAACCGAUAAGUCUUGGAUUGAACCUGAUGGAUCUGAAUGAUUCUCGUGAAUCAAUCUUUUAUGAUGACCGUAUUCAUCGCCACAAUUAUUUAACUUGUGGUAAAUCAACUAAGGUCAAAAUUAUUAAGCCAAUUUCAAAUUCACAGUGGCCACUGAAAUUUUAUGUUCUUGCUGAUGUUAAUGUUUAUGAAACACAUGAUUCAGUUGUCAGCAGCAAUGAAUUUGAUGGUUACUUGACAGCCUGUUUUCAUAACUCAAAUGAAGUGAGCUAUGCGUUGGUGCUAAAUAAUAGAUCUAGCACGCGAAAAAAAUCAAAAACAUUUUUGAAAACUAGUGGUAGGGUUUUUUUUUCACAUUUUAUUGGUCAUAAUUUUUUUUAUUUGAUCAUAGCCGUAAAAUUUGCCUAUAUUCAGAAGAAUGAAUUGUUAAUUGCACCACCGAGAAUAAAAGAUGGAAUUCCUCUUCGAUGUCGAGUGUUAGAAGUAUUGCCCGGCUAUAAAGUGCGUAUAUAUGCAUUGGAUAGCGGAGAAACGAUGGUGGUACAGGUUAAUAAACUUAGAGUGAUCAAUAAAUUUUUGGCAUCUAUACCAGCCAGAGCAAUUCCAUGUAUGCUUUUUGGUAUUUCCCAACCAACACCAAUGUACACACGAAUAGCAACCCAACUUUUGGAAACUUUUACCUAUUUACAAGUUCUGGUUGUAAGCUUUGAUGGUGCUUCUCACCUUGUCAGAGUACUACCUCUUGAUGUGAUUCCCAUGUACGAGGUUGGUCAACUACUCGCCGAUAAAGGUGUCUGCAGUUUUGAAUGGUCUAGUAGACGAAAGGUUUAUUCUCGUCAAAAGAUCAUCUCAGUAAGGAAAAUAAAUCGUUCAUUACCAAUUCCAAAUCGUAAAGUACCAAAAUCGAUUUCUUUAAAGCCUGAAGAAAGAACUUGCUAGUA